CUUCUAACCUACAGAAAUCUUUCGUGCAAUUCUCGCAGAAAUGGCGAACAAGCGCAAACUCAACGAACACGACGUUCCUGAGGAGACGUCUCCUCAACCCGCAAAGCGCAGAGCCAGCGAUGCCUCCGAGCUCGACGAGACUACCACCGUUGUCACGAAGACCACCGCGCCCGCUGCGUCUUUCGCCGAAUUCGAACUGGAGCCACGGCUUUUGAGGGGUAUUAGGGAUCAGAAAUGGAGCUCGCCGACCGCUGUGCAGUCGAAAGCCAUUCCUCUUGCCCUGCAGGGUCGCGAUAUCCUUGCUCGUAGUGGCACAGGAACUGGAAAGACAGCUGCCUACCUGCUUCCGGUCCUACACAAUGCAUUGAGACGAAAGGGCAAGACAUCCCUGAUUCUCGUCCCUACCAAGGAAUUGGCGCUGCAAAUUACCAAGGUAGCCAAAGCGUUGUCGACACACUGCGGGCAGGAGAUCCGGAUACAGAAUAUAGCUGGCAAGGAGUCAGAGGUCGUAACGAAGGCGAAGCUGGCAGACAACCCAGACAUUGUCAUUGCGACACCUGCACGCGCGAGCGCAAACAUCAACAACGGUGCACUAUCUGUUGCUGAGCUGGCGCACCUCGUCGUCGAUGAGGGCGACCUAGUCAUGGGCUACGGAUUCAAAGAAGAUCUCGAUCAGAUUGCGCAGAACAUUCCCAAAGGCGUUCAGAUCUUCCUCAUGUCGGCCACCCUGAACACGGAAGUCGAGUCUUUAGGCAGCCUGCUGUGUACCGACCCAGUCGUGCUGAAGCUCGACGACCUGAACAAGGACGCGGAAAGAGUGAAGCAAUACGUCAUCAAGUGCGCAGAGGAGGAGAAGUUCCUAUUGAUUUAUGCCAUGUUCAAGCUCAAGCUGAUCAAAGGCAAGACGAUUGUCUUCGUUGGCGACACAGACCGCUCUUAUCGUGUGAAGCUAUUCCUUGAGCAGUUCGGCAUCAAGUCUUGCGUCUUGAACUCCGAAUUGCCGCUGGCAUCGCGAUUGCAUAUCGUCGAGGAGUUCAACAAGAACAUCUACAACAUUCUCAUUGCAUCAGACGAGACCGAGAUUAUGGGAUCAAGAGAGAAGGAUGGGGAUGCCUCGAGGCCAAAGAAGAAAUCAAAGACAGAGAAAAAGGCCGCCGACACCGAUUCUGGCGUUUCACGAGGUAUCGAUUUUUUGAACGUAUCCUGCGUUCUCAACUUCGACUUUCCCUCAUCGUACAAGUCGUACUUCCACCGAAUCGGUCGAACAGCGCGCGCUGGCAAGUCUGGAACAGCGAUCUCGUUCAUCAUACCCAAGGACAAGUACCGCAAGCACAAGCCGACGUCAUUUGCAGCCUGCGAGAACGACGAGGAGGUGCUGGAGAAGGUGGAGAAGCACCAAAAGGAUGGGCAAAAGCUAGAGAACUACAACUUCGAUAUGAAGCGCCUCGAGCCCUUCAGAUACCGUUUUGGCGACGCCUUGCGAUCGGUCACAAAAAUCGCUAUUCGCGAAGCACGAAUCAAGGAGAUCAGGAUGGAGCUGUCAAAAUCGCAAAAGCUCUCCCGCUACUUUGAAGAGAAUCCUGAAGCGCUCGCGCACCUUCGCCACGACCAGACGCUUAACCAUCCCGCACGCAUACAACCUCACCUCAAACAUAUACCAGAUUACCUGCUGCCAGGUGGGAAGAAACCAGAAGAUGUUGGCUUUGUGGGGUUGAACAUGCCGAAGCCAGGAGGCAGGAAGUAUGUCAAGGGCCGAGGAAGGAAGGUUGUUCGCGGCAGGAACGGUAAGGUGGAUCCGUUGAAGACAUUCAACGCAAGAGGGAAGGGCAAAAAGUAAGCGUACUACGUAUAUAAAUCUGGCGGCAACCAGUAAAAUGAAUACCCCGUCUUCUUGAAACACCAUACGUUGGUUGACAUGAAGCUGUCUUUACACAACGUGACUUCGUUCAACGA